AUGAAAUCAAAGAUUUCCCAGAACACACUAGAUGUAAGUGUUCAUGUCUUGAGCAAGACUACAUCAGCAAUUCCUACGUCACAAAUCAAUACUCCUACUAUGGAGCAAUUCAAGGACUUGAAUCUUGCAGAUCCAUCCUUUAAUUCUUCAUCACCCAUUGAUAUUUUACUUGGUGUUGACCAAGUUUGGAAAAUAUUUACUUUUAACAAAAUUUUCGACUCUUUUAAUAAUCCUAUUGCUGUAUCAACAAUAUUCGGAUGGGUAGUGACAUCAGUUCAGGCAUCCAUGGAUAAUAUAGUAUCGUCUCUUGUAACUACGAUUGAUAUAGAUCGCUCGCAUCGAAAGUAUUGGGAAAUCGAAGAAGCCUUGCAUUCGUUGCCAUUAGACGCAGAAAACGUUCACAUAGAAACUCAUUUUUUAGAAACGCACGCACGACAAUCUGACGGUCAAUAUAUUGUGGAGCUUCCAUUCAAGGAAAAGGGUAUCAAAUUCGGAAACACGCUUCAAGGGGCUACAUAA